UGCACGCGUCACUACACGGUCGUCGAUGGCGACACCUGCGACAAGAUUGGCCAAAAGACGAUGACGAGCACGUACCAGAUCAUGUCUUUUAACCUUCCCAAGGCCGGCAGCGACUGCUACACCCUCGAGAUUGGCGCCGACCUGUGCCUGGGCAGGUACGGAAACGACUGCCAGCUGGUGCACGAGGCGCAAGGGAGCGACAGCUGCCACUCGAUUGCCAGGAGGUACAACAUCACCGAGUCGCUGCUCAAGAACAACAACCCACUGCUCAACUGCGACGUCGUCUACGACGGACUGAUGCUCUGCGUCGCGCCGGGCAUU